AUGCCCAAUACUAGAUGGUUGCUUGGGCAGUGGGAUACCUUGCAACUCCAUAACAAAAUUGGUAGGGGAGAGCGGUUCCGGAAAAACGCAACUUUGUCUCCAACUUAUGGCAACCUUUAUCAUGCAUCAUACCCCAACUUCGUAGGGAUGGAGCGAUUGGAAGACAUAUAUGUUCAUGGCGUUCAUGAUGCUAAACAACUCAUCCAUGUCCUUCGAGACAUACAAGCAUUUAUUGCCAUUAAUCACACCCGGUUACCUGUGAAACUCAUUGUUAUUGAUUCCAUUGCUGCAUUGUUCAGAUCACAGUAUCAGACAACGCCGGCAGAUUUGAAACGGCGGUCUAAAAUGUACUUCAAGAUAUCUGGGACAUUGAAGGCUUUAGCAAAUAAGUUUGGGUUAGCGGUGGUUGUCACCAACCAAGUGGUGGAUUUUAUUGGGCCACAUGAUGGAGUGAAUGCGGUGAGGUUGGGAAACUUGGAGAGCUUGCACACAUCACGCAGACGGGUGGGUCCAGCUUUGGGACUGGCUUGGGCACAUUGCAUAAAUUCAAGGGUGUUCUUGGCAAGACAUCAGCAAUCUGUUGGGGUUAACAGUCGUAAUGCUCCUUCACCAACUAUAUCUAGUCAAACACAUAGGACAUUUGACCUUGUAUUUGCCCCCCAUUUGCCCCAUGCAUCGGCUGAAUUUGUAAUCAGAAAAGAAUGUGCAGUAGGAGUAUCAUGGUAA